AUGCGUUCCUCCGUUGUAUUAUUCGGCGCCCUUUGUGGUCUCUCGACUGCGAACCCUCACCCAUGGAUAUAUGGUGUCCCCGACUACCCAGACCUCGACAUGAAUGAGGUCAUGACGGAAGCAGACGUAAACUUGAUGAUGGUAGCAGUAGUUGAAAACAGUACUACCACGGGUUCGACGGGUGCGCUGAACUCGUCAACUCCCUCAUCAGCCUCUCCUGGACAGGAACCCUGUGCGGUUGUCAGUAUGGCCAUAGCAGCAUUACCCUCAGGAGCCCGGCCCGUCGUUCCGGCAGAGUUGGGAGUAAAAUGUCUGCAAUCCGUACCUCUCGACAAGGAGGGAAAUGUCAAGUUGAUCGACGAUAUCAAGGUCAUGGUCAAAUGGCAAUCGAACAUCGCCUACCUCAAGAACCCACCGCAAGAUUACACCGAAGAGCCCAUCGACAUUGUGGGUGAGCUAGACACUAUGCAAAAACAAGUAGCUGCUGGUGGCUUCAAGACCGAAUACGAUUUCCAGCUCAAGAUGCUAAACCUCUUCACCAAGGCUUACGAUAACCACUUUGCUUAUCAACCCGAUAUUCUUGCUUCGGCGAUGCAAUUCCAGCGACCUCCUGGGUCGGAGUUGGUCUCUAUUUCGUCGGAUGGUAUGGCACUUCCAGAGAUAUAUACAUACAGAGAUGUUGUGAAAGCAAAUAACGACUCUUCCUUCAAGCCGUCGCCCGUUAAGAUGAUCAAUGGCGUUAGCGCUCAGACCUAUCUCGCGAACGUAUCGGCUGACUCUGAUUUUCACGACGCUGACACACGAUGGAAUGCACUUUUCCCUUCCCAAGCUCUCCUGGCAUCCGGCACUACCUUUCUCGGAAGCUUCAGGACUGGACAAUACCAGGGCCCGAACACGACCAUGGAAUUUGCUAACGGGACCACCUGGUCUCAAAUGAACCUCGCUGUCGUCUUUGGAAACUUCACUGGUGUCGAUAGUGGUAAGGCUUUUUUCCAGAGAUUCUGCACUGGACCGAAGCCUGUCUCUGCUGCUCCUGCUCCCUCGCCUACCAGCAACUCCACAAGGACCGUUACUCCUACGGCCACACCGACUCCCUCACACAUCGGUUACCCGAAGGCUGAGCUUAUCAAUCCAAACCUUGCCGUCGGAGGCUACUAUCUCAGCGGCUCAGGAUAUGAGGACGUUGCUGUUCUCAGUAUCCCCUCCUACGAGUCUCCCGACGUUCAAAGUUUCCAGAAUACAAUGCGAGACUUCAUAAGGAUGUCUCAGAAAGCGGGCAAAACAAAGAUGAUCUUUGACUUGCGAGGCAACGGUGGAGGCAAUGCGAUUCUAGGCUACGAUACUUUCAAACAAGUAUACCCACAGGCAGCCGCAGAACCAUUUGGUGGAACACGGUUCCGCGCGAAUGAUGCUCUGAAUGCUGCUGGUAAAAUCACCGAAAGCUUCCUGGCCAACAAGACAUAUGCGCAAUCCAACCGGACCGCCUUCGUAGAAGCAUUUGGCCGCGGUGCCACGCAAGCCGACAUCUUUGGCUUCACAGCCGGGUUCAACUACCAGCACAUUCUCGAUGUUAACAACAAGGCUGCAACCGGCUGGAAUCAACUCUUCGGUCCCCAACAAGCGAACAAUGAUUCCUUUACCACAACCCUUCGGUACAACUUCUCAGACAGUAUUAGCACAACGUACUCGGGCUUCUCUGUAAUCGGCUUCAACGACAACACCAACGAAACUAGCACACCACAACCCUUCCAAGCCCAAAACAUGGUCAUGCUGCACGACGGCAUGUGUUCCUCAACCUGCGCCAUCGUCUCCGAACUACUCAAGAACCAAGGCGCAGUCCGAACAAUCGCCAUUGGCGGACGUCCUCAAACCGGCCCGAUGCAAGGCGUAGGCGGCACCAAAGGCGCUCAGGUCUUCUCCUGGGACGACAUCCAAGUCCGCAUGCAGGCCGUCUAUUUCCUCGGCUCUCCCGAUGAACAAAAAGCCUGGAUGACAAUGGAUCUCGGUAAAACGGCUUUCGCAACACAACUCUUCAAGCGAUCUGCGUACCAAGGCGGACGGAUCGCUGGCGGCGUCAAUCUCAAAGAUAACUUGAGACAAAACGAUGCUAGUGCCACGCCCUUGGAGUUCAUCUACGAAGCUGCGGAUUGCAGAAUGUGGUUUACAGGCAAGAUGGUUACUGAUGUGACAGAAGUGUGGAAGGGUGUUUCCGACCGCAUGUUCAGCGGAAAUGGCACGAUGGGAUGUGUGCAGGGGAGUACAAUGGAUCCUUCCAGUGUCAGCGGUGGAGGACAACUGAGAGGUGGAGAUGGGAAGCUGACGAUGAAGAGUGAAAGCACAAUUGCUGUUGCGGGACAAAGUGCGAAUGUGAAUGGUAGCGUGCCGCAGCAGUUUACUGGCAAUGCGCUAAAGACUUCGAUAGGAAGUCUGGGUUGGUGUGCUGUGGCUGGUGUACUAAGUUUGGUAAUAGCACUGUAG